AUGCAGAUUGUUUUCUUUACCCCUUCUAGAGUCUCUGGUAAGAAGAGUGAAAACAAAGAAGCCAAGAAGGCUGAAGAGCCCAAAGUCAGGAAGAAGCCUGGGCCCAAGCCUGGCUGGAAGAAAAAGCUCCGAUGUGAGAGGGAGGAGCUGCCCACCAUCUAUAAGUGUCCUUACCAGGGCUGCACAGCUGUAUACCGUGGGGCUGAUGGCAUGAAGAAGCACAUUAAGGAGCACCAUGAGGAGGUCCGGGAGAGGCCCUGCCCACAUCCUGGCUGCAACAAGGUAUUCAUGAUCGACCGAUACCUGCAGCGACAUGUGAAGCUCAUCCACACAGAGGUACGCAAUUACAUCUGUGACGAAUGUGGGCAGACCUUCAAGCAGCGGAAGCACCUUCUUGUCCACCAGAUGCGUCACUCAGGAGCCAAGCCACUGCAGUGUGAGGUCUGUGGGUUCCAGUGCAGGCAACGAGCAUCCCUCAAGUACCAUAUGACCAAACACAAAGCAGAGACUGAGCUGGACUUCGCCUGUGACCAGUGCGGCCGGCGGUUUGAAAAGGCCCACAAUCUCAACGUGCAUAUGUCCAUGGUACAUCCUCUGACCCAGACCCAGGACAAAGCCCUGCCUUUGGAAGCAGAGCCCCCGCCUGGGCCCCUGAGCCUCUCUGGGACCAUGGAGGGUCAAGCUGUGAAGCCUGAGCCUACCUGAGAACUGCAGGCGGAACACUGAGCAUGUUGAGCCGACUGAACUCAGCAGGUGUGAUGUGAGGUGUGAAGACAUUCCUGUGCCUCACUGCCCUGCUGGCAGAGUUCCGCCUGCUCUGUGGACCCCUCGCUGUACUCCACCUCACAUCCAGCAGCCUUAUGUUGGAGGGCACCUCUCUCAGGGUGAGGGAGGUGGGCUUGGUGUGUACUUCAGCCUGCUGUGGUACCAGCAGUUUAUUUUCCUAUGGACAGUGAGCAAUUUAAGGCCAGACACAAAUUAUGAAUAAUUAAUUUUUUUCCUAACUAGAGCAAUCAAGGAGAUUUGUAAUCUACUUUCUAGUGUAACAAGAGCUCCAUGUUAUGCUUGCAAUAAAUUAUUCACAAAGGUG